ACUUUGUCCAUAUUCACGACCUAUAUUGUUCCCUGUAAAAAGACUCAGCUCAGUGUAUUCCAAAUUUAAGUUCUGGUCUGGACCGGUUCGAGCCGUCGCCGGCGAUUCAGCAGCCAUGGCCAACUCAGUCAGAGUCGCUGCCGCUCAGAUGACCUCCGUCAACGACCUUUCCGCCAAUUUCUCCACCUGCUCUCGCCUUGUCAAAGAAGCAGCUUCGGCUGGGGCAAAAUUGCUUUGUUUCCCUGAAAACUUCUCUUAUCUGGCUGCCAAGGAAGGGGACAGUCUGAAGAUUGCCGAACCUUUAACUGGACCAAUAAUGAAAGGGUAUUGUUCUCUUGCAAGGGAGUCGGGCAUGUGGCUCUCUCUUGGAGGAUUCCAAGAAAAAGGAUCUGAUGAUGCGCACUUGUGUAAUACUCACGUUUUGAUUGACAAUGCUGGGGAAAUUAGAAGCACAUAUCGAAAGAUGCACUUGUUUGAUGUGGAUGUUCCUGGAGGUGUGGUAUACAAGGAGAGCAGCUUUACAGAACCAGGGAAGGAUAUUGUCACGGUAGACAGCCCCUUCGGAUGUCUGGGUGUUACAGUUUGUUAUGAUUUGAGAUUUCCAGAGCUUUAUCAGCAGUUAAGAUUCCAUCAUGGCGCCCAGGUUUUGUUGGUACCUGCUGCUUUCACCAAAGUAACAGGUCAGGCACAUUGGGAGAUUCUUCUUCGUGCUCGUGCUAUCGAAACCCAAUGUUAUGUCAUAGCUGCGGCACAAGCUGGGAAGCAUAAUGACAAAAGAGAGAGCUUUGGUGACACCUUAAUAAUUGACCCAUGGGGAACAGUAGUAGGUCGGCUACCUGAUCGACUAUCAACGGGCAUUGUGGUUGCAGAUAUUGACUUCUCAUUAAUUGAUUCAGUGCGGGGAAAGAUGCCUAUUUCAAAGCAUCGGAAGCCCAUUGAGUUCUGGAAAUCGGCUUCUCUGUGAGUAUAGAAGGCCCUCUCUAUUUGCCCAUUAUACACAGGCAACAGAUAAUCAGCUGGCUUCUAUGUAUUAAAGGAUAUAGUCAAUAAAAUCCUUAAUUAUAUAACAUGCUGAGCAACCUGCUCGGGGUCGGGGUCAUAUGCGUGUGCUUGUGUUCCUUGUGUUACAUUGUGUUCUGUAUCAUCAAAUACAAUGUUUUCAGUUAGUAGUUUUGCGACGUUGAUUCCAAAAAUCUUGUACCAGAUGACUGGAAAUGAAGAUAAAUGUGUUCUUGGGUGGUGUUGAUCAUUACCAGUAGAAGCACAACUUAUUUAAGAAGGGU